AUGGAACCCAAGUUCUUCUGUUACGAUAAAAGUAAUGCUUCAAACAGUCUCGAUCUAAAUGCAUCUUCUGCUUCGUGCUAUAUCCUCUCUUUCCAGGAUUCCUCUGGCUUAGACGAAACAAGAAAUUCUAAGCGGCUAAAACAGCUGGACAACUUUAACCAAUAUUUUGGAAACGAAUAUCAUCAUGAUUGCAGCAGAGAUGUGGUAUACAAGGGCAGCAUCAAUGGAAGGACAGAGGAAAAGAAAUGUUCGACAAGGCCUCUGUUUCGGGAUCAUAUAUGGGCUUACGCACAGAAAUACAUGGCGGCUGCUGCAGUGGAAGAAGCAGAUGGCGCCUAUGAUAAAGAGGAGCACGUCAUUAAGGAAGAGGGAAAAGAAGAUGGAAUGAGACUAGUGCAGCUGCUCGUUGCUUGUGCUGAGGCUGUGGCGUAUCGUGAUAAGCGCCAUGCCUCUACUCUCAUAGCUGAUCUUCAGGCUGAUGCCCUGGUUUUUGGAACUUCGUUUCAGAGAGUUGCUUCCUGCUUCGUUCAAGGUCUUUCUCAUCGCCUUGAACUGGUUCAACCACGUGGAGCAGUUGGGGAUAUAGGGGCGAUUCCCAAGACAAUUGCCUUCUCACUGGAGAAAGAGAAGGCUUUAGGUCUUGUUUAUGAGAUCUGCCCACAUGUUCAGUUUGGUCAUUAUGUGGCCAAUGCUUCCAUCUUACAAGCCUUUGAGGGAGAGAGUUCAAUUCAUGUUGUGGACUUGGGCAUGACCCUGGGUCUGCGCCAUGGUUACCAAUGGCGGAGUUUGAUAUUCAACCUCGCCAUUCGUGCAGGCCGACCUUGUCGCUUACGUAUUACUGGAGUAGGAAAUUGUGCUGAUCGGCUUCUGGUCAUUGGUGAUGAGCUGGGGGAAUAUGCACAAAACUUGGGAGUCAAAUAUGAGUUUGCGGUGGUAGAAAGCAAUUUAGAAAACUUGCGCCGAGAAGAUUUGAAGAUUCUUGAUGAUGAGGUUCUGGUUAUCAAUAGCAUACUUGAGUUGCAUUGUGCUGUGAAAGAAAGCCGAGGAGCACUGAACUCUGUCCUGCAGAUGCUAAACGACUUGACACCGAAGGCCUUCAUAUUGGUCGAGCAGGAGUCAAGCCACAAUGGGCCUUUCUUUCUAGGAAGAUUUAUGGAGGCAUUAUACUACUAUUCUGCAAUCUUUGAUUCGCUAGAUGCAAUGCUUCCAAAAUAUGAUACAAGGAGAUCGAAAAUGGAGCAAUUUUAUUUUGGAGAGGAGAUCAAGAACAUAGUGAGCUGUGAGGGACCAGCCAGGGUGGAGCGGCAUGAAAGAUUAGACCAGUGGAGGAGGCGAAUGGGUCGCGCAGGGUUCCAACCGGCUCCAGUCAAGAUGCUUACACAAGCCAGGCAGUGGUUAGAGAGUGUCCAAGCCUGUGAAGGUUACACCAUUUCUGAAGAGAAGGGAUGUUUGGUCCUUGGAUGGAAAUCAAAGCCAAUCGUUGCAGCAUCUUGCUGGAAGUGCAGCUAGCUAUGUACUCGAGUUUGCUUACAUACUCGGAAGUCUUUUCCCUUUCGGGCUGGCCUUCUCAUGGUGCAGCCGUGCAUGAAUAUUUCCGAUGACGAAUAAG